CUUCGUGCUUUUCUUAAACCCUAACCUCCACCGUCGCCGUUCCCGUUCCCGUUCCGGCAGUUUUUCUCCGGAGAACCAUGACGAUCCACUCGGCGGUGAUCCAAAGGCUCCUGCAAACCGGUGCUCACCUCGGCCGGCGUGCGGCGGAGCAUCACUUCAAGCAAUACGCAUAUGGAGCCCGAAAUGGCAUGACCAUCAUCGAUUCCGACAAAACCCUAAUCUGCCUCCGCAGCGCCGCACAGUUCAUUGCCAACCUCGCUCACCAGCGCGCCAACAUCUUCUUUGUCAACACCAACCCUCGCUUCGACGAGAUCAUCGAGCUUAUGUCUCGUAGAAUCCUCGGCGACGCCUACAACCACAAUCGGGCCACGAAUCUGUGGCGUAUGGGUGGGUUUCUUACGAAUAGCUUCAGUCCGAAGAAAUUCCGGUCGAGGAACAAGAAGCUCUGCUUCGGUCCUACCACUCUACCGGACUGCAUGGUCGUUUUCGAUACCGAGAGGAAGAGCUCGGUGAUUCUCGAGGCGGCGAAGCUUCAGAUCCCGAUCGUGGCGAUCGUGGACCCGAACAUGCCGUGGGAGUUCUAUAAGAGGGUCACGUACCCUGUUCCAGCUCAUGAUUCGGUAAAGUUCGUGUAUUUGUUCUGUAAUGUGAUCACCAAGUGCUUUGUGGCCGAGCAGAUGAGGAUGGCCGGGAAAGUUGGGAUCAAGCAAGGUUGAUUGAGGGGACUUAGCUGCACAAUUGAGUCUGCAAAAAUUUUCAGUUUUGGAUAAUGUGGUUGUUGCUAUGCCAUUCAUUGUGGCGCGGAACAUGAACAGGAUAGGGUUUUAUGGUUUUCUAAAUUUCUUUCAAUAUUCUGCUGAACUUUGGGGUUGCUACGAUGUGAAAUGGGAAUUAUAUACUCCCCUAGUAUCCCUUUAGGAUUCAAAUGAUCCAUCUCCUCUACAAGACAUGAGUUUUCAAGGUUGGAUCUUUUCAUACUUUUCAUAGCAAAUUGUUAUCUUUCAUAUGUUCCCGGUUUACUGGAAAUCGUUGGUUAAUUUUAUCCUGAACACAUUGUAUUUCCUGUA